AUGAUUUCAACGAUCGGCACAACAACAAUUCAAACAACAACAGCACCAAACUCGUUAGUCAUGAAUCCAACAUCUAUGUUAGUAGAGAUGAAAAACUUCAUUCCUUCUUCAUAUAGUUUUGGAACAGAAAUACAAAGAAUAAAGCAAGAACUUUUAACAAGUAAUUUAGACUGUACCGCACAGGAUGAAGAAAAUGAAGAAUAUCUUUAUGACAUGCAGGACAUUAUUGACCAUUUACCCAAAUUGCCUGAAAUCCAGCAACAAAAGCUCACUAUUCCUGAAUUCGAUGAAAUAGAAGUGAAACCAACUGACUCAGUAGAAAUAAAGAAGUUCAUACGAAAGGUAAAUUAUGAGUUUCUAGGAUAUCAUUGCAACCAUAAAGUUAUGGACAAAGAUUGCGAUAUGGUAUAUAAGAACAUCUCUGACAUAUAUAAAUCGGAGGAGUUUAAGACAUACGACAACUUUGUUUCAUUAGUUGCAAAAUGUGUAUUGCAGAUAAGAGAUAAAGAUAGAAGAGGUAAAGUAUGGAAUUGA